AGAGCAGUUUGGGAGAGGCUGAUUUGCAGCCGAGCUCCGACCCUUCGGGAAUGGACAGCAGCUACCUCAGCGUGAAGGAGGCCGGGGUGAAAGUGCCCCAGGACAGGGCCAGCACGGACCUCCCCAGCCCCAUGGACAAGGCCGACUCGGAGAGCAACAAGGGCAAAAAGCGGAGGAACCGCACCACCUUCACUAGUUACCAGCUGGAGGAGCUGGAGAAGGUCUUCCAGAAGACCCACUACCCAGACGUCUAUGCCAGGGAGCAGCUAGCCAUGAGGACAGACCUCACUGAGGCUCGCGUACAGGUGUGGUUCCAGAACCGGCGAGCGAAAUGGCGCAAGCGGGAGCGGUUCGGCCAGAUGCAGCAGGUCCGGACCCACUUCUCCACUGCCUACGAGCUGCCCCUGCUCACCCGUGCUGAGAACUAUGCUCAGAUCCAGAACCCUUCCUGGAUCGGCAACAAUGGCGCCGCCUCCCCCGUGCCCGCCUGCGUCGUCCCCUGCGAGACAGUGCCCUCCUGCAUGUCCCCCCAUGCUCACCCCCACGCGGCCAGCGGCGUCUCCGAGUUCCUCGGCGUCUCCGGCCCCGGCAGCCACGUGGGACAGACUCACAUGGGCGGCCUCUUUGGCACGGCCGGGAUGAGCCCCGGCCUCAACGGCUACGAGCUAAACAGCGAGCCGGACCGCAAGACCUCCAGCAUCGCUGCCCUGAGGAUGAAAGCGAAGGAGCACAGCGCCGCUAUCUCCUGGGCAACAUGA